AUGUGCCGCAGUAUCAGGAUGCAAGCCAUCUGCCCUACGUGCAACGAGCGAAUAUCAGAGAGCACAAACAAGCAGAUAUGUAGUGAUGCUCGGCGAAAGGGCAAAGGCUUCGGCCGAUGCUCCACAGGUGUAAGGCCAGCGGAGAAAGAGUUUCGGGGCGAAGAGUGCCACGGCUGCGCCGAAGUCACCGAGUCUCACACGGAUCAGCUCGAGAUGAGUGACUUUGCCAUUAGAGGCCUGGGUCGGAAGACAAGCCCAAAUAAGAAACCCGAGAGAGCUACUGCGUACCAGGAUGACAGUGAUGAUGGCGUUUCCUAUAUUUGGUAA